UGAACUGCAGGGGUUGGGCGGUAUAUUUCUGAAACCACAUAAUUGUGGCCACAAAAUUAUUAAUUUAGGGCAGAUACAUUCAGUGUACGUUACCACCGGAAGACACCAUGGCAAAGUUUUUUCUUCUGCUUCUGGGCAUUGUUGGCGUAUCGAUAACUUCGGCAUUCGAUUUGCGAAAAGACGGAAUAAGAGUGCCGCCGCCUGGAGUGAAACCCAUAUCCGCAGCAGCCGCCAAAAAGUUGCCUCGCUUCGACGACACCAGUGUGCGACGCGCCGCCAUUCCGGAAUGCUUUGAUGCGAGACUGAAAUGGCCCAACUGCAAGAGUAUCUCCGAGAUACGCGAUCAAGGCGGAUGCGGCACGUGCUGGGCUGUGUCGACUAGCAGUGUCAUGUCCGAUCGACUGUGCAUCGCUUCCGGUCAAAAGAAUAACACCUUUCUCUCGGCGGUAAACGUAGCAGCGUGUUCCGUUCCCGGUCGAUCGCCGCAGUCCAAUUGCAAAGAAGGCAGCGAACCGACCAACGCCUACAAACUGGCCAUCACGCAAGGGGUACUGGGCGGUGGCAGUCUGGAGAGCAAUCCAGGCUGCCAACCGUAUCCGGUGAAAGGCUAUGACGAACAGCCGUUGACCUGCUCUAAAACCUGCAUGAACCCCAGCGCCAAGCCGGAUAAAUACACCAUUGAAGGGUUCUGGACCAUGUAUGACGAAAAACCUAGUCCCGAGCAGAUCAAGAAAAAUGUGGCCAACAUUCAGCGAGAUAUCAUAGCUAACGGACCAGUGGUGGCCGUUAUUAAAAUGUACGGGGAUUUCGCUUUCUGGCAUAACUUUUCCGGAGCGUAUCGCGGCCCGCGCGCCGACGCACUGGACACAUUACUGCCCAUGGGUCACGCGGUGCGUUUGAUUGGUUGGUGCAAAGACCAGAACAACGUACCUCACUGGUUAAUGGCCAACUCCUGGGGAACGAAAGGCGCCGUGGAUGGCGUAUGGUGGGUGGAGAUGGGCAAGAAUGUCAUUGGCAUUGAGGAACGAGUUUCUGCUCCCAUCGUCAAGCUGCCCAACACGUGCGGCUCCCUGUGCGACACUGCGUUUGAUCAGAUCGUGCGCUUCAAGCCCGACGACAGCAAAUCAAAGGUGUACGUCUUCCAAGGCGGUUGCACUACGGAAGUCACCGUGGCAGCGGACGGGAAGAUCACACCUGUCGGCAAACCCGGUCCCAUUGCCAAGACCUUCAUGGGAAUGGUGCCACCGCCUAUCCGUCACUGGAUUUACUAUCCCCAAGUUCCAGAUGCGUUGUCGCUGGGCAAUCCAAGUGGAGCCGGGGGACUAUGCAAGCUGGUUGCCGGGUCAAAGAAGUACGACUGCCAAUUCGGACAAGAUACUCCACCGGAUGCUGCUUCUGCAGCAAAGACUCAGGUGGCCAAUGGCGACAAAUAUAUUUACUAUACGGAUGCCGCUCGGAACCAGCAGAUCUACAAAUUCCCAGCCAGUGACCGUGAUCGUGGCUAUCCCAUUAACAUUGGGCCGACACUGAGUAGUAAAUUCAAACUGGUCACUUCUCUACUAGACAUUGAUGGGACAAAGAUUUUAGUAUGCGGGAAAGACAAUGCCGAUAAACCGGCUUGUGGGACUUUAACGGUGGAUAGCUGGCAGCUCACUGGACCAACACCACUGAAGAAAUCGAUCGCCAAAUGCUGAUCGAGCACCGUCAAUGCACUCCGAUUAUCCUUACUGAAUAUAGUAAAAAUCGAUUAUUUCUGUUAAUAAAUGAAUUGUUGUCCUUCCGUGAAAUACGUAAAUAUUAAAGGAUACUGUUAUAAAGCGUAUAAUUAAAAUACUAAGUGCGUUAGCUGUGUGAGUGUUUUCAAAUUUGCUGUGUAAGGUUAUGAUAUACUGUCACCGUGGGCAAUUUUUAUCACUAUUUGUCCGCGUUGUACUAAAUUUUGCCCACGGCUGUUGAGCACACACCCGCAUUGCUCGCAAUAAUGAAAAUUAACGACAUCGUC